AUGUAAUUAUGUUAAUUAGAAAAAACUCACAAAAUUUCUAAUAGCAAGUUUUUUUGUUAUCAUAAACAGACAAAGGAUACUUAUAUAUUAACUAUACUACCCCCAAGCGAGUUUAAUAGAUUAGUUUAUCAUUUGAAUCAUCCAAACCUAUUAUUAGUGGAGGAAUAUUGGGAAGAGAGAGGAUAAAUUUGUUCUAUGCAGAAAUGCGAAACAAUCAAUGAUUUGUAAGAAGUAAUGAACAAUAUAAAAUUAGAUAAUGUAAAAUAAUAAGUUCUCAGAAAAUACAAUAUUGACAAUACUAUAUUAAAUCAUAUCAGCUAUAUUUUAUUUGGAAUCACAAUAGGUACCAGUAACAAUAUCAUUAAAUAAUGUAUUUUUGGAUGAAUAAUUAUAAGUGAAAGUAUAAUUUAUUAUAUUUUGUUAGAUAGAUGUUUUAAACAUAAUGAAUGCAUAACUUUCAUUUGCAUCUCCUGAAGUUUUAAGAAAAGAGGUUUAGUCGUCAGGUAUAUGGAGUGUAGGAUGUAUAGCAUACUAUUUAAUGAAAUGUGAAUUGCCUUUUUAAGGAGUAAAUGAGAAAUCAAUUGCAUAUAAUAUAAUAUAUAGAGAACCACCUCCUAGUGAUUUUUAAGAGUUCCCAUUAGUUAGUGCAUUACUUAAAGUGAUUUUUAUAAAGAAUUAGUAGAGAAGAGCAACAACAAAAUAAGUUUUAUAAUUUUUAGCUUCAAAAUCGGCUUUUGCUUCUGAACCUAUAAAAUUAUUGAGAACACCUUAAUCAUCAGAAUAAUUAUGCAAAAAUAAAUCUAGUAUGAUGUUGAGUUAAAUAGAUAAAGUGGAGUAUUCAGAUAAAUAAACUGAUAUUAUAAAAAUGGAUGAUAAAAGAUCACCAUUUGAUAAAGUUUUAACAUUAUAAGAAUUUGAAGAAUAAUUAUCUCGUAUGAAGGGAAAGAGUUAAAAUACAAUGAUAGAUGAAUCAAAUGAGAUAAUUAAUAAAAUAAAAAGAAUGAGGCCUAAUUCUGCUAUAAGUUUGUCUGGAAAAGAGUUUGUUAGAAAGAAUAUUAAGUAAGAAAUAAGUCAGAGAAGAGAGGUAUAAAGUUCAAAGGCAUUUGUGAUGAAAAAGAAUAUUGGGAGCUUUAUAAAACAUCAUAAAGAGGUUUCAAUAGAUUUAGAUAAUGCAAAUAAGUUAAAGCAUAGUGAUACAAUAAGAGUGUAUAAUUUAGAAUAUUAAGAUAAUAUGAUGCAUCCAAUUAAGAGUAAUAAGGUAUUUAUGAAAAUAUUAAAACCAAAAAUGGUUUGCGCCACAGAGUAUCCUAAGGAAUAAAUAUAGGGAAUGUAAAAGUGGAGAAAUAAAAUAAAGUCAAUGUUAAUUUGAUUUUGAUUGUUUAAAAUUUUGUUAUUUGAACAUUUGUCAUUUAUUGAUAUUAUAUUCAAAAUACAAAUUUAAAUAAUA